AUGAAGAACAUCCACCAAGUCAGGGAACAAUGGAGUGCUUAUCUCCGAUCCAUAUCGUCGUUCGAGGCCCUGCAAGCUGCAUCCCUUUCUGACCUCAAUAUCGCAAACGGAAUCGGCCAUCACGCUCUCAGGUCGCUUCUAUGGAAGUCUCUUCUUCUUUGUCAUAAACUUGACCUCUCCACCCUCAUCGCCGCUGUCCGGAAGGAGCGCUCGGCCUACGGUGACCACAAAGCCAAAUACCUCCGGCCACCUAACAACGAACAAGACCCCGAGCGAUUUGCCGGAUCAGACCCUCUGGCAGAUGACGAGUCGAGUCCUUGGACUUCACUCCGCCAUGAUGAGCUACUCCACGAUGAGAUCCAAAAGGAUAUCGAUCGCACAUACCCGGAUACUGAAUUCUUUCGGUCUGCUGAUGUUCAAGUGACCUUAUCGAACGUACUAUUUGUAUGGAGUAAACUUAACCCCGAUACCUCCUACAGACAGGGUAUGCAUGAAUUGGCAGCGCCUGUAUAUUGGGUUAUACAUUCGGACGCUAUCGAAGAACGACUAGAUUCUGAAAAACCUGAUGGAGAGUUUACGUCGGUAUCGGUAUCUACACCUGGAAAAGCUGAUAAAGAAAGUAUUAUGAAAGAACUUCUGGAUGCGAAGUAUAUCGAACAUGAUACUUUCUCCCUCUUCCAGAAGAUCAUGCUUUUCGCAAAAUCGUGGUAUGAAAUGGGACAUGGCGAGGAAAAGACUGUCGGGGGUGUACCAGCUAGCAGUCCUAUCGUACGGAAGAGCGAGUAUAUCCACGAAGGUCUUCUUGGAGUCGUGGACCCAGAAUUAGCCUACCAUCUUGAUCAGCUAGGGGUUCUCCCGCAGAUAUUUCUUAUCCGCUGGGUUCGACUUAUGUUCGGCCGUGAAUUCACUUUUGACGAAACACUAGGUCUUUGGGAUGGAAUCUUCGUCGAAGAUCCAACUCUUCAGAUUGUUGACUAUAUAUCGGUCGCCAUGAUACUACGAAUAAGGUGGAAGCUACUCGAAGCAGAUUACUCCACCGCUCUAACCCUCCUCCUUCGUUACGAAUCUCCUUCCUCGACCCCUCCGUUAACCCUCCUCAAAGACGCCAUUCAUCUCCGUGAUGACCUUUCGACCCACACCGCCUUCAGAUUGAUCACAAAACACACUUCUAGACCCCCGAAUUCUAGUCCACCGCCGUAUAUUCGCUCAGGAACUCCCCCGCCUCCUCAACCGUCCGUCCUCACACUAUCCCCCCGACUCACCGGCGCUAGCGUGGUUAACAAUCUUCACCUCAACAACAUUGAAAGUUUAAUGCAUGAUGUCGCCUCAAAAAUGCGAGAUAGGUCUGAAAGAUGGGGUGUUAACAAGGCACUAAGAGAAGCCAUGGGAGAAGUUAAACGUGUAUCUGCAGGUGUUGGUGAGCAACAGCGGGAUAUUCUGAAACGGUGGACGGACAGCAUGGAGCGACAGACAGUCUUAGGGGCAAUUCUGGAAGAAGGAAUUAAAGUCCUCGAGGAAGACUUCACAACUGAAAUUACAAAUGAAAAACUGGAAAGCGGUAGUAGCACUUCAAACGAAGCUGAGAGACGGCGAAAAGACGCCAUUGAACGGAUUAAAUACGUUCGAAACUGUCUGCUGGACUCCAAAACGGCAUUGGAUAGAAGAUGGUUGACUGAGGUGCCCGAUACGGUACCUAAUCCAGGUACUCCGAAAGAAAGCCUACGAGCAGCAGCAGCAUCAGCUACCUCACCGCAACUAUCAUCGCCACCAACAUCUCCACCGUCAUUCGUCAGCAAACCACCCCCAUUCCCCACCUACUUUCACCCAAACAAUACCAAUACCCCACCGCCACCAAUCCCAGAGUCCGACCUCACUCGUCUCCCAGAUCCAAUAACACCUCAACCUCCAAUAACCGCAGACCUAUCAACUCCACCCUUUCAACAACAACCCCAAUUACCACAGCAAAGAACAAGACAACCCCUCGCCUCACCGUUCGUUCCAAAAUCUACAGGUCUACCUCUCUGGAAACCCCCAUCGUCGUCUUCCUCCAGAUCAGUAUCUGAAACCCCAACCCCAUCAGCAAUCUCCAAACCCCGUCGUUCACUUGCACAGUCUCAAUUCGCAUGGAUGUUAGGCGAUGACGCCGCAGACAAGGGCCGCGGCGGGUUUUUUGGUAGCGCAGCGGGAGGAGGAGGAGGAGGUGGUGGUGGUGGUGGUGGAGGAUCAUCAUCCGGAUCUAAGAGUUUCAGUGGACCAAGUGGUAGACGUGGCGGCGCAUCUGUGGAUCAUAAUGCAUUAUUCGGUGCCCCUGACGAUGGUGACGGAGGCGAUAAGAAAGGUGGGCUAUUUGGGAACUCAUGA